UCAAAUCAAAUAUUCCAAAUAUUCCAAUAUUGAACCAAAAAUCCAUCGGAUACAAAAUAACACUCGCACAAACCAUUUUCCACAAUUUAAUAUUCAACAGGAAACGAAUCGGUUGACUACGGUGUAUAUCUGGCGAGAUAUAUUUGCAUAUUUUGAGUAGCAGCCUAGCAAGCAAAGCAGUCAUUUGGGAAUUACGAUCGGCUGAAGCAAAACCCUAGAUUUUUUUUCGUCGUAACAUGGACUCGGCAUCGACAGCAAUUUCCGUGCCAGGGAAGACCAAAAAAAGAGCGUUUUCGGAAGCAAGUUCGGUGGACCUGGAUGUAGUCGAAAUAUCUCCGCCGCCGGUUAAUAGGAGUGCAAAGUCGAAAGAUCUUAAAAUGAAGGGGGUUCAAAAUCAGGAAAUAAUUGAUGUUGAUAUGGAUGAAAAUUAUGGCAAUAUAUAUCCUGAAGGGAAAACUGGUAACAAAUACAAAGGAAAGAGAGCUGCAAGGAUAAAUACUGUGGGGGCUCAUAGUACAUCAAACAGCGGAUCAGUGUAUGGCGAUUUGUAUUCAGUAAAGAGCUCUGCUCCAGGAUCACAGAAUAUUGUUAAUUUAGAUGAUUUUGAGUCAGAUCUAUCUUAUCUCGAUGAUAAUCAUCCGGGUGUCGAGGCUCCCGUUUCUUGGUUCCCUGGCCCUACCCAACAUAGAAGUACUCUUGCAUUUGCAGAGAAUUCCAACGAAUCAAUGUUAAGAAUAAAACCCAGCGAUAAGGAGUUCCUGCCAAUUUUGGAAUCAUCACAUUCCUUGUGGUCUGUAGAUCCCCAGCGAAGAAAAUCCACUACAAGUAGUUCAUUUAUGGAAACCCUAGUUCAUGGCGUCAGUCAGCCCCACAAGAAAGGUCCAUCUUCACUGUGGUCUGCUGCUGAGAAUGGUCAAACGAAUGGCUGGCCCUUUCAUAAUGAAGCGAUUUUUGGCGAUGCAAGUAUUCAGGGUCCACACAACCCUCCGGAUUUCACAGGGCAGUACUACACGGCAACCUAUGGCGGUACUUACUUUCAUAGCAAUACUAAUAAGACAGUUGGUGAUGAAGGUUUUGCAUCAGGUCCUCAUAUGCACACUUCUAAUGAAGCAUACUCCAUUAAUGCAAACGGGUUUAAUCUUAACAGCAGUGUGUUCCCAGAGAAUUCCUUGAAAGCAGGAUAUGAACCAUAUGUGCAGAGCUUUACAAUCCAAAACAGUACCUCCGCUUUAGAAUCUCCAUUUGGUUCAUCUUUCAGAAGCCAUAAAAUUGCUGCAGAUUUAGGGACUCGAUCCGGGUCAUCCUCCAAAAGGAAAGAGAGUGCUACACCGAAGCAGGUCGAUGAAGAUAAUAUUCUCAAGAAGUUCCGAGAAUUUAAAAAAUUUGACAUUGUCGAAGACCCUUCUGAUAAUCAUUAUGUAAAUAAGAAAACUCCAGUGAAGCAGCCAUCAAGUUGGUCAAAGAAAAUACAGCAGGAAUGGAAGAUUCUAGAGAAGGAUUUACCAGAUACCAUAUUCGUCAGGGCCUAUGAAUCCAGAAUGGAUUUGUUGAGAGCAGUAAUUGUCGGAGCAGAGGGGACUCCUUAUCAUGAUGGCCUCUUCUUCUUUGAUGUGUUCUUCCCUCACAAUUAUCCUAAUGUGCCACCGCAUGUUUACUACAAUUCACGUGGUCUUAGACUCAAUCCAAAUUUGUACGCUAAUGGGAAAGUAUGCCUGAGUCUUCUCAACACUUGGAGGGGUGGCCAGAAAGAGAGGUGGAUCCCUAAGUCAUCAACUAUGCUCCAAGUUCUGGUUUCCAUACAAGGUCUAAUAUUGAAUGCGAAACCCUACUUUAAUGAACCUGGGUGGGAACAUCAAAGCGGCACACCAGGCGGGGAAGUGAAGUCGCAGCAUUAUAAUGAGACAACUUUUAUCUUAUCUCUGAAAACUAUGGUGUUUACUUUGCGGAAGCAACCAAAGUAUUUUGAGGAUUUCAUUUUGGGGCACUUCUUCAAGCAUGCUCGAAAGAUUUUGGUGUCUUGUAAAGCAUACUUGGAAGGAGCUCAGGUUGGGUGUCUUGUCAGUGGUGUUCAGGAUGUUGACGAAGGUGACAAGAGUUGCUCCAGUGACUUUAGGUCAAGUUUGAGGCAGUACAUUUAUCAGGUUGUAGAUGCAUUUACUCGAAUUGGUGUGAAGGACUGCGCAGAUCUUAUCCCUCCUGCAAAGUCGGGAAACAGGAAGACAUAAACCCAGCAAGUGGGUAAUCUGCAAGAAUGUCAAUAUAUUUUCAUGAAGCAGAAGAAAAGCUGUGAUAUUUCAUGCAAUCUGCAAGUCAAAACUUUGUUUCAGUUGUCUUACUGGAUAGCAAAAGUCCAAAACCAUAAAGUUGGUUAAUUGUUAAUCAAACAUUAGGGAAUCGGUAGGUUCACCAUCUUGGGAUGCUUAAUGUUAUAUUUGAAAAUAGGGUUUGGCUAGUGUCUGUUUAUGAGCACAUGCUAACCGUUAAGCUUGAUGUAUUAAGUUUGAUGUAUUUAGCUUGUUAUGAUUGGUGGAGCCUUUGUAUACACAGAGGAAGUAGUAAACCAUUCAAAAUGAGUCAAAUACAUGAAAU